AUGAUGCCCGGCGACAGAAUCAUCGGCAAGAUAAGCGACACCCAGUUCAACCAGACCAUUCAGUACAACAGCCCCACCGAAUCCCGCCGGUACGGCCUCGUAACCGGCACCCACUCGUUCAGCUUCACAGAAUCGAAAGUGACCCCGGACGGCACGACGUUUAUGCAGCGGGAGGACUUUUCGGGCAUCUUGGCUUGGUACAUGAAGCCCGGGAUGCUGGGAGGGAAGGAUACGACGAAAGGGUUUCUGAGUUGA